CCAUCAAAACCACACAUCUUUGAUAUUGCACAGCCUUUCUUUGAUCCCACUAAUGACGAUGUAAUCAUGGAAGACGCUUCCCAGACCACCAAGAAGAAUCCCCCUGCCGAUAAACAGAAGAAACCACUCAAGACUUCAUCUACACUUUCGCAGAAUCUUGACUCCAAAGCCAUCAUUAAUCAAAUUCUCAGCACCCCUAUCCCUCUAUCUAUUGGUAAUGUCAUUGGUCUAUCAAAAGAAGUUUCCCAGAAUCUCCAAGAAAUGAUGAAAUCCAAGCGCAUUAAUUUUGGACUAGACAACAAACCCCAAAGCUUGACAGCUGAAUCACUUUUUGCCAUCACUCAUGCCAACCUUAUUUGUGUUCCUGUUACCUCUAAUGG